AUGGUGAAGUACUCCCAAGAGGCCGACAAUGCCACCAAAUCAACCAAGGCCAGAGGCGCCGACCUUAGGGUUCAUUUCAAGAACACUAGGGAAACCGCGUUUGCCAUCAGGAAGACAGCCCAAGCCAAGAACAGGCAUUCCAAUGGGCAAGGACGUUGGCCUGCCAAGUCUGCUAAGUUUAUCCUUGAUUUGCUCAAGAAUGCUGAGAGUAACGCUGAAGUGAAAGGUUUGGAUGUGGAUGCUCUCUAUGUUUCUCAUAUUCAGGUCAAUCAAGCUCAAAAGCAAAGACGUCGUACUUACAGGGCUCAUGGAAGAAUCAAUCCCUACAUGUCUUCUCCAUGCCACAUUGAGCUCAUUUUAUCUGAAAAGGAAGAGGCUGUCCAGAAAGAGGUAUAG